UGAGCCGCCGCAGAACACCAUGAAGCAGCUGCCAGUCUUGGAGCCUGGAGACAAGCCCAGGAAAGCAACAUGGUACACCUUGACCCCUCCUGGAGACAGCCCAUGUGCUCGGGUUGGCCACAGCUGCUCAUAUUUACCCCCAGUUGGUGAUGCCAAAAGAGGGAAGGUCUUCAUUGUUGGGGGAGCAGAUCCAAACAGGAGCUUCUCAGAUGUGCACACCAUGGAUCUGGGAACACACCAGUGGGAUUUAGCCACCUCAGAGGGCCUCCUGCCCCGGUACGAGCAUGCCAGCUUCAUUCCCUCUUGCACACCUCACAGCAUCUGGGUGUUUGGAGGUGCCAACCAGUCAGGAAAUCGAAAUUGCCUACAAGUUCUGAAUCCUGAAACCAGGACUUGGACCACGCCAGAGGUGACCACCCCUGCACCAUCCCCAAGAACAUUCCACACAUCGUCAGCAGCCAUUGGAAACCAGCUGUAUGUCUUUGGGGGCGGAGAGAGAGGUGCCCAGCCUGUGCAGGAUGUGAAGCUUCAUGUUUUUGACGCAAACACUCUGACCUGGUCACAGCCAGAAACACUUGGAAAACCUCCAUCCCCCCGGCAUGGUCAUGUGAUGGUGGCAGCAGGAACGAAACUCUUCAUCCAUGGAGGCUUGUCAGGGGACAAAUUCUAUGAUGAUCUUCAUUGCAUUGAUAUCAGUGACAUGAAGUGGCAAAAGCUGAGCCCCACGGGGGCAGCCCCAACAGGCUGUGCUGCCCACUCGGCUGUGGCUGUGGGGAAACACCUGUAUGUCUUUGGGGGGAUGACUCCCUCAGGAGCACUAGACACAAUGUACCAAUAUCACACUGAGAAGCAGCACUGGACCUUACUUAACUUUGAUACUUUUCUACCCCCUGGACGACUGGACCAUUCCAUGUGUAUCAUUCCAUGGCCAGUGAUGCGAGCUUCUGAGGAAGAUCCAAAUCCUGUCACUCUGAACUGUGAUGCUGAGAAAGGGGACUCCUCUGACAAAGGAGUGGCCCAAAGUGGUGACUCACGUGAGGAAAGUCAGACUGACUCACUGCUCUGUUUUGUGUUUGGCGGGAUGAAUACUGAAGGGGAAAUCUAUGAUGAUUGCAUUGUGACUGUAGUUGACUAAUAAAACCUGUUUUUGUUACUUUUAACUGUCAA